GUGCUUGGUGUAAACUAGAGCUAUGAUCGCUGCGCAUGCUCAAGUCAUUACAUUGCGUCGGUAUGACAGGUUUCAUAACCUGAAUAUUAGUCAACUUUAGCGAUUAAUAUCUCGCUUCCCAGAGCAGAGCGACGCUUUUUUCUGUUAGAUUCGUUCGUUUGAAGCAAAAUCGAAUAAGCACAACUACAUCGAUAUUUGAAUACCAGUGCCUAAACUGAAUAAUUAUCCUGGGAUCGAGUGAUAGAAGGAACAUGGGAAAACGUGAAAAAGGUACCCCAAAAUAUAUGGCCAAUAAAAACAAGGCACGAGGCCUACAAAAAUUGAAAUAUUAUUGUCAAAUGUGUAAGAAACAAUGCCGAGAUUUCAAUGGAUUUAAGUGCCACACUACGUCGGAGUCGCACCAUCGUCAGAUGUUAAUGUUUACCGAAAACGCCAACCAAUUUAUAGAUAGAUUUUCUCAAGAAUUUUUACAUGGAUAUGUAAAUUUAUUGAAAAGGCAAUUUGGCACCAGACGAGUGCCAGCAAAUCAAGUAUACCAAGAGUAUAUUUCUGACAAAGGACAUAUACACAUGAAUGCGACUAAGUGGCUCACUUUGACCGCAUUUGUAAAAUGGCUUGGAUCUACGGGAAAGUGCAUUGUUGAUGAAACUGAAAAAGGUUUAUAUAUAACAUAUACUAAUAGGGAUCCUGAGGCACUUGUUGCGCAAGAAAAAGAAGCCAAAAGAAAAAGAAUGGCCAAAAAUGAUCAGAAGCAAAAUUUUAAUUUUAUCAAGCAAAUUAAAGAGAAAAGUACAAAUAAGGAAAGUGAAACUAAAAAGCCAUUUAUGCGUCCUGAAGGAAGUGCACCUUUGAUUUUAAAUUUAACAUUCAAAUCAAAGCCAAAGUUGCUUGUACUAAAUGUUAAUAAAUUAAUUGCCAAUAAAUAAAAUUUACACAGUAAAAAA